UACGUCACGCUGGCGCCGCACCGCUAGGAAGGCCCCCUUCUCCGCCUCCGCCUCCUCCAGGCGCCGGCGUCGCUUUCUAGAAGGUUCGUGGAGGCGGUGGACGCUUACCGUUACUCUGUGGCCGGCCUGAAUCCGGGUUCAUCCGUCCUUACCGAGCCCGCGCAGACCCAGCCAAGUUUGCCAUGCCCGAGAACGUGGCACCCCGGAGCGGGGCGCCAGCCGGAGCUGCCGGCGGCCGCGGAAAAAGCGCGUAUCAGGACCGCGACAAGCCAGCCCAGAUCCGCUUCAGCAACAUUUCUGCGGCCAAAGCGGUUGCUGAUGCUAUUAGAACAAGCCUUGGACCAAAAGGAAUGGAUAAAAUGAUUCAAGAUGGAAAAGGUGAUGUGACCAUUACUAAUGAUGGUGCCACCAUUCUGAAACAAAUGCAGGUAUUACAUCCAGCAGCCAGAAUGGUAAGUACAAUUUUAGGUGAGGGUGGCAUUUCCAACAUUUUGGAGGAACUGGUUGUCCAGCCUCUGUUGGUUUCAGUGAGUGCUUUGACCCUAGCAACUGAAACUGUUCGGAGCAUUCUGAAAAUUGAUGAUGUGUUUAUCUAUUGUAAUAAAAUAAUUAGACUUUCACAAAUGACAGGGAUUCAUCCAACCAUCAUUUCGGAGUCAUUCCAGAAGGCUUUGGAAAAGGGUAUUGAGAUCUUGACUGACAUGUCUCGACCUGUGGAACUAAGUGACAGAGAAACUUUGUUAAAUAGUGCAACCACUUCAUUGAACUCCAAGGUUGUCUCUCAAUAUUCAAGUCUACUUUCUCCAAUGAGUGUAAAUGCAGUGAUGAAAGUGAUUGACCCAGCCACAGCCACUAGUGUAGAUCUUAGAGAUAUUAAAAUAGUUAAGAAGCUUGGUGGGACAAUUGAUGACUGUGAAUUGGUGGAAGGGCUGGUUAUCACCCAAAAAGUGGCAAAUUCUGGCAUAACCAGAGUUGAAAAGGCUAAGAUUGGGCUUAUUCAGUUUUGCUUAUCUGCUCCCAAAACAGAUAUGGAUAAUCAAAUAGUGGUUUCUGACUAUGCCCAGAUGGAUCGAGUGCUGCGAGAAGAGAGAGCCUAUAUUUUAAAUUUAGUGAAGCAAAUUAAAAAAACAGGAUGUAAUGUCCUUCUCAUACAGAAGUCUAUUCUAAGAGAUGCUCUUAGUGAUCUUGCAUUACAUUUUUUGAACAAAAUGAAGAUUAUGGUGAUUAAGGAUAUUGAAAGAGAAGACAUUGAAUUCAUUUGUAAGACAAUUGGAACCAAACCAGUUGCUCAUAUUGACCAAUUCACUGCUGACAUGCUGGGUUCUGCUGAGUUAGCUGAGGAGGUCAAUUUAAAUGGUUCUGGCAAAUUGCUCAAGAUUACAGGCUGUGCCAGCCCUGGAAAAACAGUUACAAUUGUUGUUCGUGGUUCUAAUAAACUGGUGAUAGAAGAAGCUGAGCGCUCCAUUCAUGAUGCCCUGUGUGUUAUUCGCUGUUUAGUGAAGAAGAGAGCUCUUAUUGCAGGAGGUGGUGCUCCAGAAAUAGAGUUGGCCCUACGAUUAACUGAAUAUUCACGAACAUUGAGUGGCAUGGAAUCCUACUGCGUUCGUGCUUUUGCAGAUGCUAUGGAGGUCAUUCCAUCUACACUAGCUGAAAAUGCUGGCCUGAAUCCCAUUUCUACAGUAACAGAACUACGAAACCGACAUGCCCAAGGAGAAAAAACUACAGGCAUUAACGUCCGAAAGGUAAUAAUUUAAUCUUUAGUUAUUGCAGAGAAUUUUGGUUAAUUUAAAAUUAAAAACAUAAUCAUCUCUUGAAUGAAAAACUUUAUAAUUAAAAGUGGCUUAAUCUUAUAUUUAAAUAUCAGACCUGCAAGUUAAUGUAUGCCAU